GAUAAAAAAUGAUUAAUGGAAGAGAGAAGUGAAGCUAUGUGGAAUGUGAGUCAUAAAGGUAGCUGCAGGUUUGGAUGAAGCCUAGCAUCCGGCUGAUAGAGGCAAUUGAGCAACUUGGGGGUGUUCACGUUCUAGCACAGCGCAGUGAAGAGAGCUGAUGAAUCCAAGAGAGGAGGAGAGAGUUGAAAGCCCCAAGCGAGUCUGCUGAAAAAGUCGCACUGAAGUGACUUUUGAUCCUGUAUCUGAGAUAUGGAUAACAACUGACCAUGUGGGCCAUCGUACUGAUUAUCUUUGUGUCUUCAGCCCUAACUCAAACGAGAGCCCUUAUUUCAUCAUGUGAAAUCAAGAAAGUUAUGAGAAUGGAAGAAGAACUGUGUGCCUUGGCCCUCUCCCAGGAAGAAGCAAACGGGACAGCUUACAACAGAUUACUCAGGCAUUCAGGCAGAUGCCUUGGAAUGUGGGACAAUAUCACCUGCUGGCUGUCUUCUUCUGUGGGCCAGACUGUCAGUGUCCCUUGCCCCCAAGCCUUCCAAAUGGUAACUGGACAAACAGGGCUUAUAUAUCGCAACUGCACCAGAGAAGGCUGGUCAGAAAAAUAUCCUAAACCAUAUAUUGCUUGUGGCUUAAAUGCAGAAGAAAUUAAUGCUCCUAUAAUUGAAUGGGAAUCUAAGGUGUCGUAUUUGAUGAAGUUGGAAAAAGUAUACACAGUUGGAACCAGUAUUUCCCUGGUAGCACUGACAAUUGCCAUUGGUGUUCUGGCUUCUUUCAGAAGACUUCACUGUACAAGGAAUUAUGUUCAUAUACAGCUUUUUGCUUCCUUCAUUUUGCGAGCUGUGGCAAACUUCAUUAAAAACCCAAUACUGUCUGAGGACACUGAUGAUGAUGCAUACUGUGAAUUACACAUGAGCAGAUGUAAGAUGACCAUGGUCUUCAUUAACUUCUGUAUCAUGGCUAACUACAGUUGGCUUCUUGUGGAAGGGCUUUAUCUUCACUCCUUGCUGGCUAUCUCCUUCUUCUCUGACAGAAAGUUCUUCUGGUGGUUUGUGGUUCUGGGAUGGGGCACCCCCAGCUUAUUUGUAAUCACAUGGGUUGUAGCCAGACUGUUACAUGAGAAUGUUGGAUGUUGGGAUACUCAUCUUACGUACGUGCGUUGGUUCAUCCAAGGCCCUGUUCUGGCCUCCAUUGUUAUUAAUUUCAUACAGUUCAUUAAUAUUGUAAGAAUUCUAAUGAGCAAACUUAGAUGGCCAGAUGGAAGGGGCAAGGAUUCCAGUCAAUACAAGAGACUUGCUAAAUCAACGCUGGUCCUCAUUCCUCUCUUUGGAGUCCACUACAUCAUCUUUGCAUUUUUCCCUUUUGAUACUGCAAAUGGCACCUUGGAGAUUCAGGCUCUGUUUGAAAAAGCCAUCGGCUCUUUCCAGGGCUUUGCUGUGGCUGUGCUUUAUUGUUUUCUAAAUGGCGAGGUCCAGCAGGAGUUUCAGAGGAGAUGGCGACAGUGGCACUUACGGAAACAAGUCCAUUCACACAAGCAUCACAGCUCCUCCUUUCAUAAUGAAGUAAGUGGACUCACACAAGUGCUGCAGCUGAUGAAGCUCAACCCCCAAGGGGAUCGAAGGCUCUCUGCCCGCAGCCUGAGCAACAUGUAAUCAGUCUAGUUCGAGCUGGGGGAAAUGCUAAUUGCUCACUCAGAGCUAACUGAAAAGCUCAUGGCUUACCUCGUCAGGCAUGGCGAUUAUGGAUCUAAAUGUGCCUCUUAAAAUUAGCUCUCUCUGGAGCCUAACUUGAGCUAUCGCCUGAAUUGUACUAAUGGCUGAAGUAUUUUGCAAAAAAAAAGAUGGACGGAGAUUCAUUUCCCAAUCACGGAAGAGUACCCUUCUCCACCUUGUUGUACUUAUUUUCCUUCUGACUUUAACUGAAUAAGAGUGCCUCAUUUAAAGGAAAGUUUUUUUUAAAAAGUUAUUUUGUUCCAGUAAAAGGAUUG